CGCACUCUGCCAGAAGACAGGACCCGGUGAGGAGUCGCUCUUUCUGCCCCCCCCUCUCUCCUGUCGUCACCCUCAUUGUCCUGGUUGCUUUGCUGCCCUGUUUUCUCCAGUUCUUCACGGUUAGCUACCUCCGGUCAUGUAUCGGUAUUUCGGGGAGCUGCUGACCCGCUCGGCGGGGAGCGCCCUGGCCUCGGGGUGCGUGGACUCCGCUCUCCCGGCGUCCGCGUCCCUGAUGAGGGUCCGCCACUAUGCAGACGCGGCCGAAAAGCCCGACGACCCCAACUUCUUCCGCAUGGUCGAGGGCUUCUUUGACCGCGGAGCCUCCAUCGUGGAGGACAAGCUGGUGGAGGACAUAAAGACCAGGGAAACCCCCGAGCAGAAGAGGCACCGUGUGCGGGGCAUCCUGCGCAUCAUCAAGCCCUGCAAUCACGUCCUGAGCGUGAAUUUCCCCAUCAGGAGGGAUAACGGAGAGUGGGAGGUGAUCGAGGCGUACCGCGCCCAGCACAGCCAGCACAGGACUCCCUGCAAAGGAGGUAUCCGUUACAGUACAGAGGUGUCUGUGGAUGAGGUGAAAGCCCUGGCCUCUCUGAUGACCUACAAGUGUGCCGUUGUCGAUGUGCCGUUUGGGGGAGCCAAAGCUGGAGUAAAGAUCAACCCCAAGAAUUACUCUGAUAAUGAGCUGGAGAAGAUUACAAGGAGAUUCACCAUUGAGCUGGCCAAGAAGGGAUUCAUUGGACCUGGCAUCGAUGUCCCUGCCCCGGACAUGAGCACAGGAGAGAGGGAAAUGUCCUGGAUUGCCGACACAUACGCGAACACCAUUGCACACACUGACAUCAACGCUCACGCAUGUGUGACAGGAAAACCAAUCAGCCAGGGAGGAAUCCACGGACGUAUCUCAGCCACUGGCCGUGGAGUUUUCCAUGGUAUCGAGAACUUCAUGAAUGAGGCUUCCUACAUGAGCAUGGUUGGUCUGACCCCUGGCGUCCAGGACAAGACCUUCGUCAUCCAGGGCUUUGGUAAUGUGGGUCUUCACUCCAUGAGGUACCUGCACAGGUUUGGGGCCAAGUGUGUGGGUAUCGGUGAGAUCGAUGGAGCCAUCUACAACGCAGAAGGCAUCGACCCCAAGCAGCUGGAGGACUACAAACUGCAACAUGGCACCAUUGUGGGCUUCCCAGGAGCCAAACCCUACGAAGGGAGCAUUUUGGAAGCCGACUGCCACAUCCUGAUCCCUGCUGCUGGAGAAAAGCAGCUCAACCGGAAUAAUGCCCGCAGAAUCAAGGCCAAGAUCAUUGCUGAGGGUGCCAACGGUCCCACCACCCCAGAGGCCGACAAGAUCUUCCUAGAGAAUAACGUCAUGGUUAUCCCUGACAUGUACCUGAAUGCUGGUGGUGUGACGGUGUCUUAUUUCGAGUGGCUGAAGAAUCUUAACCAUGUCAGCUAUGGAAGACUGACCUUCAAAUAUGAGAGGGACUCAAACUACCACCUGCUCAUGUCUGUGCAGGAGAGUUUGGAGAGGAAGUUUGGCAAACAGGGGGGACCCAUUCCCGUCGUACCCACUGCUGACUUCCAGGCCAGAGUCGCUGGUGCCUCUGAGAAGGACAUCGUUCACUCUGGAUUGGCCUACACCAUGGAGAGAUCUGCUCGGCAAAUCAUGCGCACGGCAAGCAAGCACAACCUGGGUCUGGACCUGCGGACGGCUGCAUACGUCAACGCCAUCGAGAAAGUCUUCAAAGUCUACAACGAGGCGGGGCUCACCUUCACAUAAACUGCCAAUCACCACCCGCACCUCCUCCCCCUCUACCCGCCUGCUAUUGAUCAGCCUCUCCUGGCAUUUUCCAUCCAUCACACAGCCUUCAGAACAUAUCGCUGUUUACGCCUGCGCUUUGGCUCUUUCUCUCCCACACUUGCGCAGCGACACAUUGGCCAGCCUGGUAUUUACCCUGUGAUCUUUGUGCCGCAAAUAUACUGAAUCUUUAUCCCUGCUUGAAUCUUGUCAAAUCCUGUUUUGCUUUUGUUGAGGAAAAUGCAGAUAGUGCUCCGUCCUGAGAGAGAAUGGAAAACCCCAUCCCUCCCUCAGACCCCGUAUACAUGUUAAUGGUAUUGUUGUAAGGCAGCCAUGUUCAAAGCGCCCCUUUAUUUUUUUGUAAUCGCUGAACGCAUGUGUGACCCUCCUGUUUCAGUCGUCAUCACUACAGAUGCCUUAUUUCAGAUAGAUGUCUGUUCUGAGAAUGAGCAGUUUUACUUUAAUAAAAAGGGAUUCAGAUGUAACUUCAUGUGAAUAAGAGAAUAGAGUUUAUUACCCUUCAGUUUGUCGUCUCACUGUUUUGAGGUGUAAAGGUUAGAGGUGAAGUUGCCAAGGUUCAGGAUUCCCAACAAUGAUGUAGUAUUUUUCUGCUGUAGUUUUUACCUUUUCAAGAUUAAAAAGAUGCUCUCCCCCAUCUCCUUGUCCCUUUCUUCUUCCUCCUGUUCCCGCCGCUUGCUCUAAUCUAUAAAAGCAGCUUCUCCCUUAUUCCUCCACUCGCCAAGAAAGGAUCAGGGUGGGAGGCGAGGUGUCACUGUGAUCGCCUGAUCCCGGCUUUCAUUUUAAUUUUUUCUCAAUUUUAACCGUCCAGUUCCUCAACAUACAAACCAUUCUGGAGGAAAUUAUUUUUUAUUUUUAUUCAUUUUGUGGAAACCAAUAAAAUGUUCGGAACAAUA